AUGAAUGUCACCCUAACCCCACAGUCAUUUACAAACCCUCGGAGAUCUACAUCAACAUCACCAACAUGGCCUUCCUGGGAAUUAAAGUCUUCCUCGAAUGUUGACAGGCUUAAGGACCCCAUGAGACAUUUCCCUGAAAAUACAAGCUUGCUUCAGAUAAUCAAAUCUACACUGGCUCACCCUCCCCCUAGAACUAGGGCUCAGACAGAUUUCUCUUCUGCCCUUUAUCAAGGGAGUGGGCAUAGUGCAUCCCUGGAUCCUCCCAAGGAAUUGGCCCAGGCUCUCACCCACCCAAGACCUCGAGAUUCGGAUGAAGCAGCUGAUGUGUCAGGCCCAGUCCGCACUCAACCAUUCAAAUCAAGAGUGACUAAAAGGGCCCAUGGCAGUGUGUCCUGGCCGGCUUUUGAGAGCUCAUCAGAGAUUCCUGAAGUGGGGUCCAGACUUGUCCAAAGUACAGAUGGAGGAGCUGCUUCCAUGGAAAGGAGACACAGUCAACCUGCCCCUGCUACUGUAAACAAGCCUGUGCAUUUGUCACCAGCUCCUGAGUAUGUGAAGGCACUGUCCCAUUCUGUGAAACGUGCCCCCUCCUCUCUGGUGCCAGCCACUAGGUCUUUUGCAGCUUCAGGUGAAACAACUGCUAUUCAUGCCGCCUCUUCACCAGCAAUGAAAAAUGAACCAGCCUCUCUCUCCACGCCCGAUUUCCCAUGGCCGUCCCAAAGCAGGGCAUCUCCUCUGCUUAUGGUGGCAAAAAAUCCAUCUUCUAAAGAAAAGAACAAGGAUGGGACUGCUGCUAACUUGCUCCUUGUGGAGACAGGCCAGUCGUCUGUCUAUUACUCUACAACUGCGAAUCUUCCUUUAGGGAAAGAAGGCGGCUUGAUGGGUGCUUUUAUGGGAAAUGAAAAAGCCAAUAUGGUGAUAUCUCCUGGUGCCAUUCCCACUCAGGAGACCACCAGCCAAUCCACCUUAAGUGAGGCCACAUCAGAUUCGAUCACCGAUCACAUUCCAGCUUCUACCCUCACAGAACUGGGAGUGCAUCUCACACUCUCAGAACUGCCUGUUCCUUCUAUCCCACCGACAGAACAAUCAUCUGCUGCUUUGAAGUCUUCCCCUGUAGCAGAUUCUGAGUCUGAGGUCAUGAUGGCACCUGCAAAUACUUCUAGAGACAUGACUUCAGCCCCUAAGCAGGAGGCAGCCUAUCCUCUCCAUUCUUCCAUACCAGCAAGAACCCAAGAAUUAAUGAGAACAACUGGUUCCCAGAGUUUUCUUCCAGGAGAAACUGGGUCCCAUUUCUUAGAAUCAGUGACCCCAGUCUUGCCUCACCAAAAAGGUUAUGAUUUACAUGGACAUGAAAAAAGUCAUGCACCUUCAGUGACCCAUUCUGCCAAAAUCACUGCUCCCAAUGGCUCAAAUUCGGCUGCCAAAAUGACACAUUCUCCAGAUGUCAGAGAGGCUGAUUUGCAUCUGACCUUUGCUGAAGGGCUCAGUGUUCGAUAUCCAUCCCUUAAUCUAAGCGCAGAACAAGCCACACAUCAGUCCAGAGUUACUACAUUUGGAAACUCUACAGACCUUUGGCCCACAAGCCAUAAAACCAUCACCCGGGACCUUGAUUCAUCAUUCAGUCCGCACCCAGCUAUACAUGAAACUUUCACGAUUGCCAGUCAACAUCUGCUUUCACAUCCUCCCUCAGAAUUGCCUCCACUUUCGACAUCUCUUCCACCAGCCUCGUCCGAUGUAACUCCCCCCAUCAGCUUGCAGGAAAUGCUUUCGGGGGAAACAGAGACAAGAACCUCAUUUGCCAGCACUCGCCAUCCAUCACCCAUGAUAAGCACCUCUGUGCCAUUCCAGAGUGGCCACAAGCCUCGGACAUUCCCCGCCACCGUUCUUCCCACACUUACCCAUGCCUUAUUCAAGACAACACCCAAAGUACCGCUGACUUCUCCAGUCCCUGAGAAUUGGACUGUUGCAACCGCUCAUGCAGGUAGUUUGGUUCCCGGUUCCCAACGCACAGCAUACUCUUCCAUGUCCCCUGAGGUGGUGCCAACUGUGGCGUCCACAACAGCCACACGGGUUGUAGGAAAAUACACUCUAUCCGCGUUGUCUGCCGCCUUAGUGUCUAAGGGGACUGGAAGCAAACUCUCCAUUCCCUCAGCAAUGGUAGCCAAAAGCACCCUGACCCCAGUGCUGGCUAAAAAUGGCACUCCCAGUGGAACACCAGGCUCCCAGAUGGUGGCAAGUACAACCAAGGCAGUCGAGACUCCCACAGCUUCCCCCUUCAUAUCCACGACCCACAGAACCACACAGGCGAAUAUGAUCACAGCUGCUGCGAGGUUGUCAACAACACAUUUCCCUGGGAAAUCUCAAGCCAUGCAAUCGGACUUCCACAAAGCAACCAACUCAGAAAUGUCCAGAAUCUCCACCACAUUCCCACUGACCAUCAUGGCUGCUCUGACAUCUAUUACCACUUCAGGGAAGGUGACUAAACUCCCUCCCUUACCGGUGGAAAACACAUCAGCUGCUCUCCCAGUGGCUUCAACUACUAUGGUCACAACUGGCAAAACCACCUUGAAUCUAGAAUGUCAGAUGUCCAGGAAACUAAUGGUGAAGACAGUUCUGUUUCUCACCCAGAGGAGGCUGCAGAUCAAUGAUUCCCUGAGGCCUGAUAUAGCCAAAGGGCUCACACAAGCGCUGCAGAAAGCCUUCCACCAGAAUGAUAUCUAUGCACAUGUGGAAAUUGUGGAACAUUCCCACAAUGUGACAGUUGGUUAUUAUGUCACGAAGGGGAAACUGGUUUAUAUCCCUGCUGUAGUCGUUGAGACCCUGGUUGCUUAUGGCAUUAGCAAUGUCACUGCUGACCUGAAGCAGCAUGUGUCAAACCUGCAGUCCGUGGCAGUGCUGGCCUUGCCAUGGAACCCCCAGCCAGCCUAUGCCUUUCAGCUGAAGACAGUGUUGCAGUUUGUGGGCCAGUCAGACAACAUCCAGUCCUGCAAGUUUGUUCAGACGAUGGAGCAGAGGCUGCAGAAAGCAUUUCAGGAUGCGGAGAAAAAAGUUCUGAGUACCACUAGCAACCUGACUGUGGAGAUUUUGAACACAUCGAACGCCUCCCAGGUGGUUACCUUGACUUACGCAGUUUGGAAUCAGAGCACACUCCUCAAUGGCACGGUUUCCAGCAGCCUCCUGAGCCAGCUGUCAGCCGAGUUGGUGGGCUUCUACCUCACCUACCCACCCCUGACCAUCGCAGAGUCCUUGGAAUACCCAAACCUUGAUGUCUCGGAAACAACUAGAGACUACUGGGUGAUUACAGUUCUGCAAGGGGUGGACAACACCUUAGUGGGACUCCACAAUCAGAGUUUCGCCAGAGUCAUGGAGCAGCGGCUGGCCCAGCUGUUUAUGAUGUCCCAGCAACAAGGCAGGCGGCUUAAGCGGGCCACAACUCUUGGGAGCUACACGGUUCAGAUGGUUAAGAUGCAGCGUGUGCCCGGCCCCAAGGAUCCUGCAGAACUGACGUACUACACGCUGCACAACGGGAAGCCUUUGCUGGGGACGGCGGCCGCCAAGAUUUUGAGCACCAUCGACUCCCAGAGGAUGGCUUUGACUUUGCACCAUGUAGUUCUUCUACAGGCAGAUCCGGUCGUUAAAAAUCCUCCCAACAACCUGUGGAUCAUCGCUGCCGUCCUGGCACCCAUUGCUGUGGUCACCGUGAUCAUUAUCAUCAUCACGGCAGUGCUCUGCCGGAAGAACAAGAAUGACUUCAAGCCAGACACCAUGAUGAACCUGCCUCAGAGGGCAAAACCAGUUCAAGGCUUUGAUUAUGCCAAACAACAUCUGGGCCAGCAAGGAGCUGAUGAAGAGGUCAUCCCAGUGACCCAGGAAACAGUGGUCCUGCCCCUCCCGGUGAGAGACGCUCCUGCUUCCCAGGAGAGAGAGACUGCCCAAGACGGAAGUACCAUUAAAACGGCCCAGUCCACAGAAACAAGGAAAAGCAGGUCGCCCAGUGAGAACGGUUCGGUCCUUAGCAACGAAUCAGGGAAGCCCAGUCCCGGGAGGCCCUCGCCCCAGACCGUGACAGCGCCGGCCACAGUGCAGCAGCAGAAAGUGACAAAGGAGGAAGGAAGGAAGAGAAAUGUGGCUGUGAGCGAUGAAGAAGAAGGAGCGGGUCUCUUUGAUAGCACAGGCAAGCCUGUGGCCGAUCCAUUCGACACGUCCUCUGGCUCCGUACAACUGAUUGCUAUCAAGCCAGCCGCGCUGGCCUCUUCCCAUCCAGCAUCUGAACGGAGCCAGGAGUCAGCCAUCAUUAAUGGAGAGGUGAACAAGGCCCUGAAGCAGAAGUCUGACAUUGAGCACUAUCGCAACAAACUGCGCCUCAAGGCCAAGCGGAAAGGCUAUUAUGACUUCCCCCAGGUCGAGGGGAACAAGGCUCUGACAGAAAGAAAGAUGUACGAGAAAGCCCCCAAAGACAUCGACCAUGCCUUGGAUCCCGAGCCGGAGGCGCCCUCUCCCUUUGGCGAACCCAAAAGCAGGCAACAGAUGAAGAACUCCAUGUACCGAAGCCGGCAGUCUUUAAACAGCCCCAGUCCAGGAGAAACCGAGAUGGACCUCCUGGUGACACGGGAGAGACCCCGACGAGGAAUCCGGAACAGCGGCUAUGAUACUGAACCUGAAAUCAUAGAAGAAACUAACAUUGACCGAGUUAAUGAGCCUCGAGGCUACCCAAGGUCACGCCAGGUGAAAGGUCAUUCGGAGACAUCUACCCUCAGUUCUCAACCUUCCAUUGAUGAAGUCAGGCAACAGAUGCACAUGCUGCUGGAAGAAGCAUUCAGCUUGGCCUCUGCAGGCCACGGUGGGCAGAAUAGACAACAAGACACUUACGGCUCAGCCCAGCACUUUCCUUACUCUGAAGUGGUAACGAGCGCUCCUGGGACCAUGACCCGGUCGAGGGGUGGAAUGCAAUGGGUGCCUACUUACCGACCAGAAAUGUACCAGUACAGUUUGCCGAGGCCAGCCUACAGGUUUUCUCAGCUGCCUGAGAUGGUCAUGGGCUCCCCUCCACCUCCGGUACCUCCCCGGACUGGUCCUGUGGCUGUUGCUUCUCUCAGACGGUCCACUUCUGAUAUUGGCAGCAAGACAAGAAUGUCUGAGUCCAGUGGCCCAGAGCAAGCACAACUGCAUGAUGGCACGCCCUUUGCCCAGGUUUCCAGAGGCCCAGUCUCUGUCACUCCAUUGGACCAGUCUGCUUUAAAUUACUCAGGAAGCACCGUUCCAGCUGUGUUUGCCAUUCCAGCUGCAAACAGACCCGGAUUCACUGGCUACUUCAUCCCUACACCACCCUCAUCCUACCGGAACCAGGCCUGGAUGUCCUAUGCAGGAGAGAACGAGUUACCAGGGCAGUGGGCAGAUUCUGUUCCACUUCCAGGUUACAUAGAGGCAUAUCCUCGGUCACGCUACCAACAGACAUCCCCCUCAAGACUCCCUCGGCAGUAUAGCCAGCCCACCAACAUGCACCCAAGUCUGGAACAGGCCCCCAUGGCCUCCACAGCAGCGUCUCAGCAGAGCCUGGCAGAGAACGAUACUUCUGAUGCUCCGCUGACCAACAUUUCCACAGCAGCCCUGGUGAAGGCUAUUCGGGAAGAGGUUGCUAAGCUGGCCAAGAAACAAACAGAUAUGUUUGAAUUCCAGGUCUAA